UCUCGUUCACCCCUCCCCUGAGCGGGUAAUGCGGAACUCCCUGCAGUGGCUGAAAGAAGCACUACUGUUUGUAGCUGCUGUUCGCCCCUGUGGAAGCGAGGAAAAAAACAAAAAACAAAAAAAAAACAAAAACACACCCCAAGAAAAAAGUCGAGUCGGCAUUGACUCCGAACUGGACCUAAUAAUAACCGUACAUAGAGUACCAGGACGAGGCCGGCGGAGACAAGGCGGUCGAAGCGAAUCCGAGAAUGCUGUAGUGACUUGAGGAAGUUUUUUUUCUGCCAACGGAAUGGCCCACUGACCAUUCAAUCUACUAUGUUCUGAGGCUAAAAUGACCUAAACAAAAUUUUUAUAAUGCAAAAAAGAAAAGUCUGCCCACGCCUGCUGGACUACCUGGUUAUUGUGGGUGCCAGACAGCCUAGUAGUGACAGUGUUGCUCAGACUCCAGAGCUGCUGCGACGCUACCCCCUUGAAGACCACUUGGACUUCCCUUUACCUCCAGAUGUGGUCUUUUUUUGCCAGCCUGAAGGUUGCUUAAGUGUACGGCAAAAACGCAUGAGUUUGCGGGAUGACACCUCAUUUGUAUUUACACUUACAGAAAAGGACACUGGUGUAGUCCGCUAUGGGAUCUGUGUUAACUUUUAUCGAUCAUUUCAGAAGCGUUCUUGCAAAUCUGAGAAGGUUGAUUGCCAUCGUAACCGUGAAAAAUCUAAAUCUGCUGUCUCAGGCACUGGGGAUUUGGGAGCUACACACGAUGAGGCUGGCAGUGAGAGCUCUGAAAGUGGUUCUUCACUUCAGCCAGCCAGCUCUGACUCUACUCCAGAUGUAAACAAAUCACCAAGAAGCAAGCGCUGUGCCAAGCUUGUCCAACGGCACCGCAACAGCACCCUAACUUCACUAUGCAUCCUCAGUCACUACCCAUUCUUCUCCACUUUUCGGGAAUGUCUGUAUAUCCUCAAGAGGCUGGUGGACUGCUGCAGUGAAAGACUUACAAAAAAAGUUGGCCUCUGUAAAGGAAUGCAAAGGGAUACAAUGUGGCGAGUGUUUACAGGUGCCCUGUCCCUUGAAGAAAAGAACAGUCUGUUGCUGCAGGAUCUGCGAGAAAUUGAGUCUUGGGUGUACCGCUUGCUCCGAUCUCCAGUCCCUAUUUGUGGCCAAAAGCGUGUUGAUGUAGAAGUGCUGCCUCAUGAACUACAACCUGCUCUGACAUUCGCCCUCCCUGACCCAUCCCGCUUCUCUCUAGUGGAUUUUCCUUUACAUCUCCCUCUUGAGCUGCUGGGAGUUGAUGCCUGCUUGCAGGUGCUCACAUGCAUCUUGCUUGAGCACAAGGUGGUUCUGCAGUCUCGGGAUUACAAUGCCCUUUCAAUGAGUGUCAUGGCAUUUGUGGCAAUGAUUUAUCCUCUGGAGUACAUGUUCCCUGUAAUUCCCCUACUUCCAACUUGCAUGGCUUCUGCAGAACAGCUUCUCCUUGCUCCAACUCCCUACAUCAUUGGUGUACCUGCAAGCUUCUUCCUUUACAAAUCUGAUUUCAAAAUGCCUGAUGAUGUUUGGCUGGUUGACCUGGACACAAAUAAGGUUCUUAUCCCACACAAUGUUGAACCUCUACCUGCCUUACCUGAGCCAGAGACCACUGAUCUCAAGAAGCACUUGAAACAGUGUCUGGUUAGCAUGACGGCACUCGCGCAAAGACAGCUCUGCGCUUCAGAGGACAAGGCUUUGGCUAGUAUGAGUCUGAACACACAGCCUAUUCUGAACCUGGAGAAAUUCCAGGAAGGACAGGAGCUGCCACUGCUCUCAGGACGAUCACGAGAUGACGGAGCUUCAACUCCUUCCACUGAGUUUAAUCCUCUGAUAUAUGGCAAUGAUGUUGACUCUGUAGAUGUGGCAACAAGGGUGGCCAUGGUGAGAUUCUUUAAUUCUCCAAAUGUGCUGCAGGGAUUUCAGAUGCACACUCGCACACUGAGGCUUUUUCCUAGGCCUGUGGUAGCCUUUCAGGCCAACUCCUUUCUUGCUUCCAGACCAAAACAAUCUGGAUUUGCAGAGAAGCUUGCCCGUACUCAAGCUGUUGAGUACUUCGGAGAGUGGUCUUUGAACCCCACCAACUAUGCAUUCCAGCGGAUCCACAACAAUAUGUAUGACCCUUCUCUCAUUGGAGAUAAACCCAAGUGGUAUGCACAUCAGCUGCAACCAAUUUUUUAUCGUGUUUAUGAUAGCAACUCCCAGCUUGCUGAGGCAAUGAAUGCUCCACUUGAGAGAGAGAAUCAGAAUGACUCUGAUCCAACUGAUGACAGUGGCAGUGACAGUGUGGACUAUGAUGACUCCAGCUCAUCAUAUUCUUCUCUUGGUGACUUUGUCAGUGAAAUGAUGAAGUGUGAUAUCAAAGGAGAUACUCCUAAUGUUGAUCCUUUGACUCACGCAGCACUAGGAGAUGCCAGUGAGGUGGAAUUCCAGGAUUUUCAGGAAUAUAGGGGUGAUGUAGAGGACCAAACACUGGACAGUGAGAAUUCCCUUGACAACAACCAGCCACGGUCUAGCUCCAGUACAACAGCAAGCUCUAGUCCUAGCACUGUUAUUCAGGGAGUCAAUCAUGAAUCUUGUGAUUCUGCAGAGGUGGAAGAGAAGUCUGUCACUGGUUUUCAGAACCACACUGUGGCUUUAGGUCUGCAAACAUUCCCCAAGCUUAGUUUGGAGCGAAGGGAGAGUGAAAGCACACCCCUAGGUGAAGUCUUUCUGAAGAAGCGCGAGUAUGAUAACCCAUACUUUGAGCCACAGUAUGGCUUUCCUGUAGAAGAAGAUGAAGAUGCAGAUGGAGAGCAAGAAGAAAGCUACACGCCUAAGUUCAACCAAAAUUUAAAUGGAAACAGGUCUCAAAAGCCUUUGCGUCCCAGCAGCCUGAAAUUGCCCAGUGACUCAGAUGCGGAAUCAGACUCACGUGCAAGCUCUCCAAACUCAACUGUAUCUAACAAUAGUAGCGAAGGAUUUGGUGGAUUAAUGUCUUUUGCCAGUAACCUGUAUAAGAACCACAGCACAAGCUUCAGCCUAUCCAAUCUGGCUUUGCCUACAAAAGCUUCAAGAGACAAAACAAAUCCCUUUCCCAGCUUGAAAGUAUUUGAACUAAAUGCUAUUAUGGAGAUAAUAACUGAAGCUGGCACAGUGGGCACUGAAGGAAAUCGCAGAGCUCUUGUUGACCAAAAGUCAUCUGUCAUCAAGCACAGUCCAACUAUUAAAAGGGAAUCACCAUCUCCUCAGGGGAGAUCAAAUAACACCAGUGAAAAUCAGCAGUUCCUGAAGGAGGUAGUGCAGAAUGUUUUAGAUGGCCAAGGUGUGGGCUGGCUAAAAAUGAAGAAAGUGCGGUCUUUAUUGGAGAAUGAACAACUACGGGUUUUUGUUCUGAGCAAAUUAAAUAGAGCCAUCCAGUCUGAGGAGGAUGCACGACAGGAAGUCAUUCAUGAUGUGGAGAUUAAUCGAAAGGUGUACAAGGGAAUGCUAGACCUGUUGAAGUGCACAGUUUCCAGUCUGGAGCAGUCCUACACCAAUGCUGGCCUUGGUGGGAUGGCCAGUGUAUUCAACCUGCUAGAAAUUGCCUGUACUCAUUACUACACCAAAGAGCCAGAAAAACGCAAGCGGAGCCCUGUGGAAGGAGGUGGUAACAGCCCAGGCAGUAAGGACAGUUUAACACUCAGGGGGGAGACUAUCAGGCCUUCAGGCCAUCAGCUGGUACCCAAGAUCCAGCUUCCACCUUCAGCUGGUCCCCCCAUGGGAAAGGGAAUUCGAGUAUUUGAUACAAGAAGCCUCAACGAAGAGAACUUUAUAGCAUCUAUCGAAUUGUGGAACACGCACCAGGAUAACAGAAAGCAAAAAGCUAUGGAAAAACAGAGAUCUGAAGGAGUCAAGCAAUUAUUUGAUCUGGGAGACACAGAAGAGAAGAAAUCCCAGAUAAGCGCCGAUAGUGGACUGAGCAUGACAUCAGGGUCACAACAGAAGAGUGACACAGAAUCUACAGCAAGUUCUGAGCCACCUGCUUUGACCCGCAGCACAAGCCAGGACUCUGAAGCCAGCACAGUGGUGAGUAACAGUUCUGGUGAAACCUUAGGAGCUGACAGUGACCUGAGUAGCAAUGCUGGUGAUGGACCGACUAGAAAACUUGCAUCCCACCUCACAGUAUCUAGGGGUACACUUUCUGACAGUGAAAUAGAGACCAACUCUGCUACAAGCUCAAUUUUCGGUAAAACACAUAUGUUGAGGCCAGGACUGAAGGACAGCCGGAGGAGUUUACCAGGAAAGGAUCCAGCUGUAGCACCACAAGAGGAUAUCAGUUCAAGAGUCUAUUUAUAUGAGGGACUUUUAGGACGAGACAAGAGUUCUGUUUGGGAUCAGUUGGAGGAUGCUGCAAUGGAAACCUUCUCCUUGAGUAAAGAGAGGUCUACACUAUGGGACCAGGUACAGUUCUGGGAAGACGCUUUCCUGGAUGCAGUGAUGCUUGAGAGGGAAGGAAUGGGCGUCGAUCAGGGGCCUCAGGAAAUGAUUGACAGGUACAUGUCUCUUGGUGAACAUGAUCGUAAACGCCUUGAAGAUGAUGAGGACCGUCUGUUGGCAACUCUUUUGAAUAAUAUGAUUGCCUACAUGUUAAUUAUGAAGGUUAACAAAAAUGACAUAAGAAAGAAGGUUCGGCGUCUGAUGGGUAAAUCACAUAUUGGCCUUGUGUACAGCCAGGAAAUCAAUGACAUCUUGGAUCGCCUAGCACAGCUUAAUGGUCGUGAACUUCCAAUAAGACCAAGUGGCAGUCGCCAUAUUAAGAAACAAACAUUUGUGGUCCAUGCUGGGACAGACACCACUGGAGACAUCUUCUUUAUGGAGGUGUGUGAUGACUGCAUUGUUCUGAGGAGUAGUAUUGGCACAGUAUAUGAGCGCUGGUGGUAUGAAAAACUCAUUAAUAUGACCUAUUGCCCUAAAACAAAAGUACUAUGUCUGUGGAGGAGGAAUGGCCAGGAAACCCAGCUGAACAAGUUCUACACUAAAAAGUGUCGAGAGCUGUACUACUGUGUCAAGGAUAGCAUGGAAAGGGCAGCUGCCAGACAACAAAGCAUCAAGCCAGGUCCAGAGCUGGGUGGUGAAUUUCCAGUCCAGGAUAUGAAGUCUGGUGAGGGUGGCCUUCUUCAAGUUACACUGGAGGGCAUUAAUCUGAAGUUUAUGCACAGUCAGGUUUUCAUAGAGCUGAAUCACAUUAAAAAGUGCAAUACAGUGAAAGGAGUCUUUGUCCUGGAGGAAUUUGUUCCUGAAACUAAAGAAGUGGUGAUCCACAAGUACAAGACUCCAAUGGCUCACCAGAUCUGCUAUUCUGUAUUGUGUCUCUUCUCCUACAUGGCAGCGGUACGCGGAAAAGAAGCCGAGAAUAAAGCAAAAGUUCCUUCUCCAAGACUCGUCCCCAGUUAGCACUUUGGAUAUUUGGCCUGACCAAUGUUCCGUGAAGAGUCUUUGUCCACUUCCCAUUGGUCCCCAUUGUCUUGUGUUUUACUACAUUCAGCUGUAAAGUGUGUCUAUUUUUAUUUGCUGCAGACCCGCUGUUUUUUACUUUUAAAACUCUGGACCCCAUUUUAACACAGAGGUCGAAAUUGUUUUACUAGCAGUGAUAGUCACCAACUCCCAUUUUAAUAUGUGUGUUUUAAAUGUGGUGGUCAAAGAGUCAAACGCAAGAGUCAAAUGGAUAAGAGAACAAAAAAAUAAAUUUCCUUACGGCUGCGUCCUAUUUUUGAUGUAGAAUCGGGGAUGUUAUUAGGGCAGCUCCUGAGUAAAACACAGGGAGGGAGAUUUAUUCAAUGUUCCAUAAAGCAUUUAUUUCGAAAAAUAGUAGGUCAGUGGGUCAAACUGUUUCUCCAUUCUUGGUAUAUGUUUUAAAAAAGUUUUACAGUUUUUUUUCUUUUGCUAAAACGUCAUGCUUCUUUUUUGAUAGCAUAUUCUGGCAAAGAGCAAAUCACAUGACAGAAUAAUAACUGUACAGCUCCACCAAUCUAUUAGUUAUGUUGUGUGUGUUUGUAGAUGUGCAUGCAAACUGCAGGCACUGUAGUGGCCAGGCUUGAUAAAGUAAGUUGCCCUGUCGUUCGCAGCAGAAAGACAGUUUUGCACAAAAGAAGGUGCAGCAUUGCAAUGGACCCCAGUUAUCUUGAAGAUGACUCAUGGUCAUGUCGCCUGCUUCAGAAUAUGUGUUUCUCUCUAUUUGCCGGAGCAUUGUGAGCUGUGAUUAUUACUGUGUAAGGAAUAAUGUAGCCAUAGCUAUCAUGUUUUCCAUUUUGUUUUCCUUUUUUUUUAAUAAUUAUUAAAAAGAGAAAAACUGUUCAAUGUAUGUAUAUGUGUGUGUGUGUGUGUGUAUAUAUAUAUAUAUACACACACAUACUGUAUGUAUGUGUGAGUGUAUGUGUGUGUACAUUUAUAGCUACAAUCUUGCACAAUGUUACUGCUUCCAUGUAGUGAAUAUUUAAGCAAAAAAACACUCUAAUGUUAAUCUAACUGUAAAUAUUUAAUUUAAAUACUGCUAUAUGUGUCCUUCUGCAGCAAACUUGUUCUUGUGUUUGUUGACCAAAAAUACCUGCUGUAGUUGACAAAAAAAAAUCAGUUUGCUGCUAUAGAAAUGGUUUAAAUAUCGGGGAUAUCUGGUGUAAAUAUUUCAGUAUUAAGAGUAUUUAUAGGGGUUGUACAGCUUUGAAGAAUGUGAGAAUAAAGAAUCCUGUCCAA